AUGAAAGCACUUCUUCUCCUCACUGUUAUCUUCUCUCCCAGUUUAUGUGUUUUUAUACCAAAACACCGCAAUUUUCCAGCCCCUCAUUAUGGAAUCGAAGAACUGAGACGCGACCACGGGGGCGACCUCGUUAGUGCCGCCUUUGACAUCGUCGACGGCUUUCUCUUUCAAGAAAUUUGCAUUUGUUUCGAUAAAAACACAAAUAAAAACUUCUUGCAGCACCUUUUGGUACACUUUGUCCGAAACAACAUCGCCAUCAAACUCUUCAAUAUCACAACUGUUGAAAUCCAAGACAAAUAUUUGGCAUUUUUGAACUACCAAGUGACGAAUCAUCUCGGGGCGAACACCAUAUUUUUCAGCUCGCACAAAUUCUACGAACACGUUCUUCUCGAAAUCAAUGAUCGUGAUUACAUUCGUCGUAACUUGAUUUAUAUUUUCAACUGGGGUCGGAGGCCCUUUAGCCGCUAUUUUAUCAGGAAUAUAAUGUCCGUGAUGAAGGUUUUCGUCAUUACAAACCCGCGAAACGACACUUUUCGCAUUUUUUACAACCAGGCGGUACCCCACAAGAAGCACCAUCUGGAAAUGGUCAAUUGGUGGCAACACGGAGUUGGCCUUUUCAACCAUCCCACACUACCAGCCAAAUACAAUAAUGUGUUUAAAGAUUUCAAAAAAAAUAUUUUUCGAAUACCAGUGAUUCAUAAACCCCCAUGGCAUUUCGUCCAGUACGCUAACGACUCUAUUAAAGUGACCGGAGGCCGCGACGACCGGAUUUUAUCCCUCUUGUCCAAAAAACUCAACUUUCGGUACGAGUACUUCGACCCUCCGGAACGCAUCCAAGGGUCCUCAGCGUCGGAAAAUGGCACUUUCAAAGGGGUUUUAGGCCUGAUUUGGAAACGACAAGCUGAGUUUUUCAUCGGCGAUGUGGCCCUAAGCCACGAACGCGCGAACUACGUCGAAUUCUCGUUUAUCACUUUGGCUGAUAGUGGAGCUUUUAUCACUCACGCUCCCAGUAAGCUAAACGAGGCUUUAGCCCUUCUUCGGCCCUUCCAAUGGCAGGUUUGGCCCGCCAUUGGGGUGACUUUCGUGCUCGUGGGACCGGUACUUUACGCAAUUAUUGCGCUGCCUAAUGCCUGGAGACCUAGGUUUCGAGUGAGGUCACAUGCACGACUUUUCUUCGAUUGUACGUGGUUUACCACGACUGUGCUUUUGAAACAAACCGGGAAAGAGCCAAGUUCGAGUCACAAAGCGAGGUUUUUUAUUAUCAUUCUCUCGAUUUCCUCCACGUAUGUGAUUAAUGACAUGUAUUCGGCUAAUUUGACUUCGUUGCUUGCUAAACCGGGACGAGAGAAGGCUAUUAAUAAUUUGAAUCAAUUGGAGAAAGCUAUGGCGACUAGAGGCUAUGAUUUGUAUGUUGAGAGGCAUAGCUCGUCUUAUAGCCUAUUUGAGAAUGGGACGGGGAUUUAUAGUCGAUUAUGGCAAAUGAUGAAUCGACGCCAAACCCAUUUUCUUCUAGAAUCAGUGGAGGAAGGGGUGCAACUUGUCAGGGAUAGUACCAACAAGGCUGUUAUUGCCGGCCGUGAAACCCUCUUUUUUGACAUUCAAAGAUUUGGUGCCAGCAAUUUUCACUUGAGUGAGAAAUUAAAUACAGCAUACUCAGCAAUUGCCUUGCAAUUGGGUUGCCCUUACAUCGAAGAAAUCAAUAAAAUCCUUAUGGCGAUUUUCGAGGCCGGAAUUAUAACGAAAAUGACCGAAAAUGAGUACGAACAAUUAGGGAAAAAGAAAGAAACAACGUCUGAAACCGAAAAAGAGUUAAUACCCGGUGUCAAAAAAGAAAAUCGAAGAGUGGCCAAAGUCAGUGAAGAUAACGAAAAACUCCAACCGAUCAGCAUUAAAAUGCUUCAAGGGACUUUCUACUUGCUUUGCAUCGGAAAUUUAUUUUCAGGUUUGAUUCUACUUGCUGAAAUUUUGGUCAACAAACACAAAAAAACGUACAAAUACAAAAAACAAAAACACAGAUUUGUUUAUUUGAGAAAAAUCAAACAUUGUUGCGUCGCAAAACUUGAAGCAGUUGGCGAUGCUGUGAGGGGGAUUUACAGAAGGGCCAUGCACGAGGCGUUUGUCGCAACAUUGGAAUAUUUAGAGUAA